AUGCUGCGAACUGCACUUUUCAACACCACCCGCUGUUCAGCACGCCCUACGCUACUUGCACGUCAAGUCGCGAGACCAACCCAUCAGGUUUUCGCACGGUAUGAGUCGAGCAAAGCUGAUGACACUCUGAAAGCUGCUCGCAAGGCCAAGGACAAACUCCAGAAGGAUUGGCAAGGGCCUGUGCUCACAUACGAGCAAGUAAAACCAAAGACCCUCAGUCCCAGUGCAGACGCCUACCUGAUUGACGUGCGUGAGCCCGACGAGGUUAUGCAGGGCUCUAUUCCAUCCUCUGUGAAUCUACCACUCUCGGUACUUGCCAAUUCGUUCCACCUUACGCCCCAAGCCUUCAAGGCGCAGCAUGGUUUCGAGAAGCCAGGAAAGCAACAAGAAGUCGUGUUUUACUGCCGUAGUGGAAUGAGGAGUGCUAGUGCAUGCGAUAUUGCACGGAGGAAUGGAUACGAGAACAUUUUUAACUAUGAAGGGUCGUGGCUAGAGUGGACGUCACGAGAAGGAGGAGGCAAGGGGUCUACUGCUUGA